AAAAUCAGUUUUCCAGAGAAGUUUUAAACUCACUUUUCAAAAACAAUCCUAUAAAGAGUCUCAUUUUUAAUUGAUCCCACUUAAAUCCCGUAAAUGUUUGGUGUUUCAUCCAGAUCCUUACUUUUAGCGCCAUCUUUCGUCCCAAAAUCUCGUGUCUUUGUGCUAGGGUUUGAAGUUAACAAUUCUUCAGAAAGAAAAAUAUAAAGCAGCAAUGAAUCCUGUUCACUUCCAACCCGCGCCGCCUCCACGUUGGUUCCCAAUGUUACCGCCGGAACCUCCGAAUUCGAGUACAUUUUGGGAGACCAGAAAUGUGCGUGAUCGCCUUAGAGAAUUGCAAGAUACCCUCAAUCUUGCCAACGCCGUGCAAAAGGAGUUGGAAACACUGACGAUGAUAAAAGAUGGGUCGAUGGACCCUUCUGUUUCUGAGUUCUUGAGGUAUCUAGAAGAUAGGAGGAUUGACUUGGAAACUCAAGAGCUACUGUCUUUGGAAGCGGCGAAUGCAUUGAUGUCAAAGCUAAGAGCUCAGUUAGAGCCCUUUAGAUAUGUUGCAGAUGAAGGGAUCCCGUGGGAGGAGAAAUCAGCAGUAGCUAGACUGACCAAUAAAAUUAAGAAGUCUAAAAGGAAUAACCUUUGGAGGAAAAGAAAGCGGAAACGAAUUGCAGAAUUGCUUGCAAAGGAGCAUGAACAAUUUGAUCAAGCUGACCGAGAAGCUGAUGAGUGGAGAGCUAGGGAGAUUGCCAAGGACAUUGCCAGCCGGAAGGUCGAAAAGAUGAAGGAAAUAGCAAAGCUUAAAGCCAAGGAAGAAAAAAAGAGACUGGAAUCUGAGCUUGAACUAGUUUUGAUGGUGGAGAAGUUGCAAGAGUUGCGCUCAAUGAGGAUCCAGAAAUUGAAGAAACAAGGCCAUUUUCUUCCAGAGGAGGAUGACAAGUUUCUGGAGAAAGUUCGAGCUGCAGUUGAGGAAGAGGAGAGACAAGCUUUGGCUGCAGCAGAUACAGAUGCUGCUAAAGAUGCCAUUGCAACUGCUGAGGAAACUAGGAAGGCCACUCAGAAUCAGAGACCCCUCUCAAAUGAUCCUAUGACUGAUCAACUUGAAAACAAGGAGAGAAAAGACCAAAUAACACCAAAUGAGGACAAAAAGGGCUCUGGUACAGUCACUGAUAUGGAAUCUGGUAAAAAUAAAUUGGAAGGACAUGGUUACACUUGGACAUAUGAUCCUUUGACUAAUUUACCGAUUGAGUUCUAUCACUAUUACCAUGGAAGCAAUUCUGACAUGGGCACACUUAUUGAGGUUAGAAGGACAUGGGAUGCUUAUAUCAGACCAGGAGGAAGCCGCAUUCCAGGCCACUGGGUCCAGCCACCUCCUCCAGCUGAUGACAUAUGGGCAUCCUACCUGGUGAGGCCUAAAUGACAUCUUACUCUGUAAAGUUCUAUUAGCACUUUAGAUCAUACAGUUAGAGCAGUAGCAAUUUUAAACUUCAAAACAUCGAAUGAUGUUUGUUUUCUUUAUAGUCUUCCUAUUUCCCAACCUUUAGUUCUUUGUCAUGGAUACUUUUCUGGAACAUUGCAGAUAAAUUAAGUUUAAAGAUUCCCGAA